UUUCUCCCGCGACGGCAAGCCAUUUCCCCCGCCUAACCUAACCACCUCUGACUCUGAGCCCCGACCGGCCGCGAGGGUACGAAACCAGCAUGGUCAGCCCUCUCCUCUUGCUGCUCCUCCUCUCUCUCUCCGCCGCCUCUGCGGCGGAGUACGGGGACGAGCUGCUGCGACGCGCGGCGGGGGAGCGGGAGUGGAUGGUGGGCGUGCGGCGGCGCAUCCACGCCCACCCGGAGCUCGCGUUCCGGGAGCACCGCACCAGCGCCCUCGUCCGCGAGGAGCUCGAACGCCUCGGCCUCCCCGCCCGCACCGUCGCAGGAACCGGCGUCGUCGCCGAAGUCGGCUCCGGCCGGCCCCCCUUCGUCGCCCUCCGCGCCGACAUGGACGCGCUCCCGCUCCAGGAAUUAGUGGAGUGGGAGUACAAGAGCAAAGUGGACGGCGUGAUGCACGCCUGCGGGCAUGAUGUGCACACAGCGAUGCUCCUGGGGGCAGCAAAGCUACUCAAUCAGCGUAAGGAUCAGCUCAAGGGAACAGUGAGACUCCUUUUUCAACCUGCCGAGGAAGGUGGUGCAGGUGCAUCUCAUAUGAUAAAAGAAGGUGUUAUUGAUGGUGUCAAAGCCAUAUUUGCCAUGCAUGUCGACUAUCGUAUGCCAACUGGUGUAAUAGCAGCUCAUCCAGGACCUACACAAGCCGCUGUAUGUUUCUAUGAAGCGAAAAUAGAAGGUAAAACUGGAAAGGCUGAAACCCCACACUUAAACAUGGAUCCUAUUGUUGCUGCAUCAUUCGCCAUCCUGUCCCUGCAGCAGCUCAUUUCCAGAGAAGAUAAUCCUCUUCACAGUCAAGUGCUCUCGGUUACCUAUGUCAAAGGUGGAAAAGCCCUUGAUGCCACCCCUGCCAUUGUUGAAUUUGGAGGUACUUUGAGGAGCCUCACUACUGAAGGCCUUUACCGUCUACAAAAAAGGGUUAAAGAGGUAGUAGAAGGGCAGGCUGCCGUGCAUAGAUGUAAGGGAGUUGUCAAGAUAAAGAGUGAGGACUAUCCAAUGUACCCUGCUGUUGUGAAUGAUGAAAAGCUGCAUCACCAUGUAGAGGAUGUUGGCAGACGCUUGCUUGGUCCGGACAAGGUGAAGCCCGGAGAGAAGAUCAUGGCGGGCGAAGACUUCGCUUUCUACCAGCAGCUAGUUCCCGGUGUUAUGUUUGGCAUUGGUAUUAGAAAUGAGAAAGCUGGUUCCGUUCACUCAGUUCACAACCCACAUUUCUUCGUUGAUGAGGAUGUCAUUCCAAUUGGGGCUGCAGUGCAUACUGCGAUUGCAGAGAUAUAUCUUACUGAGAGCCCCACUCUGAACGAAGGAGCCUUGCAUUCGCAUUGAUGGUCUUGAGUUGAAAGAAUGGGUUGAUAUGUAUAAAGACACUAAAUUUAUGAGUAAAUUUCACGAAACCACGUGUACUUUAGAAAAAGUAUCACAAAAUGACACCUUUUAGAUGACAUUUUAAGGAAGUAUACUAACUUUGUCAAAAAAAAAUUAUUACAAGGUGAUGCACACCACGCUCAUA